UUCAUUUCUUAUUCUUAAUCUUAACAAGUAUGGCGGCGUACAGAAGGAAACUGUUUGCUGUUGGAUUGAGCUGUGCAGCUUCCCUGAUGAGCAGAAGCUCCUGUCAGAGCAGCCGCAGACUGGCAGUGCUGCCCACACUCCUCAGGAAGAACUGGAUGAGCUUGAGUGUCACAGGUGCUCUGUGUGCUGUUCCUUUCAUCCAGAAACCAGAACAUUUGACCCAUGAAGAUCUGGUGCGGAGAGCAUCAUCUCUUGUCACAGACAGUGCUAAUACUUACCUCUCACAAACUACUUUAGCACUGCUUGAUUCCUUCUCGGGUUAUAUUAAGGCUAUAAACAGUCUUGUGACAAUACACAAGCGCUAUGUGGCUUCCAUCAGCAAACUCACUUCUGAAGAGGAGGAUGCAAUCUGGCAGGUCAUUCUUAGGCAGCGUCAGGAGGUAAUUGACAGGAGAAAUGAUUGCAAACGAUUUGAAUCCUGCUGGAUGACUGCCAUCAAUCUCUCAAAGCUGGCAGCCGAGGCGGCUUUCAAUGCAGGGGCUGACCAAGCUUCUGUGACAGCACAGAACAGUCUACAGCUCACACAGUCCCAGGUGGAACAUGUUCAACAGCAGAUGCUGGAAGCUGAGAGACAGCUCAAAGACUCAAAAGCUGAGGACAGUGAGAGGCUUCAAAAUGCUCUCAGCACUGCAAUGGAGGAUGAAGACGUCCCAGAUGCAUAUCUACGAGAGGACUAGUCACAUCAAGACAGCUUUAAAGUAUCUUAAGCACUCUGAUACAACAACCUGUACUACUACUGAAGCACAGAAUUGUAUUUCUGUUUGAUUAAUAGGACAAAUCCUGUGAGAAUUGAUGUAAAUGAAGCAUAAGUAUUAAAUACAAAACUACGAGGGCAGGAAAAAGGGAUAAAUACUUUCUAGAUCAAGGGCUUCACAUUUGUUUGUAAUUGAUAAAUGUAAUUACAAUUUAAUGAAAUAGAUUUAAAUUUAAACCAGUUUUGCAUUAUUUUAAAAACAGCUGUUUCAUUAAUCAAAAUCUCCUUUUUUACUGUGUUGACAAUAUGUGUGAGUUAUGAUUACAGACAGAUGCUGCCUUUGUGAUUAAAUAAACUGU